CUCUGAACAUCUGGACUGAUGUGUCUCUGAACAUCUGGACUGAUGUGUCUCUGAACAUCUGGACUGAUGUGUCUGAACAUCUGGACUGAUGUGUCUCUGAAUAUCUGGACUGAUGUGUCUCUGAACAUCUGGAUUGAUGUGUCCUUUUGGUCUGAUGGGUCUCUCUGGUCUGAUGUGUUCCUCUGGUCUGAUGUGUUCCUCUGGUCUGAUGUGUAUCUCUGGUCUGAUGUGUAUCUCUGGUUCGAUGUGUAUCUCUGGUCUGAUGUGUAUCUCUGGUCUGAUGUGUAUCUCUGGUCUGAUGUGUAUCGCUGGUCUGAUGUGUAUCUCUGGUCUGAUGUAGUUCUGAACAUCUGUUCUGACGUGUUCCUCUGGUCUGAUGGUUCUUCUGGUCUCCAGUGUGGGACCAGCUGGCGUGGGCCGGUGACGUCACUGCCCAGCCGUCGACAUGCUCGAGACGCCCCCAGGAUACCCGUUUGAAGAGAUCGAUUAUGUCGACAUUGAAGUGGAGGAGGUGGUCGGCAGAGGAGCGUUUGGCGUGGUGUGCAAAGCCAAGUGGAAGGGCAAAGACGUGGCCAUCAAGACCAUCGAGAGCGAGUCAGAGAGGAAGGCCUUCAUCGUUGAGCUGCGGCAGCUCUCCCGAGUGAAUCACCCCAACAUCGUCAAGUUGUACGGUUCUUGCAAUUCUCCGGUAUGUCUGGUGAUGGAGUACGCAGAGGGCGGGUCCUUGUACAACGUGCUGCACGGCGCGGAGCCCCUCCCCUUCUACACGGCGUCCCACGCCAUGAGCUGGUGCUUCCAGUGCUCCCAGGGCGUGGCCUACCUGCACGGCAUGAAGCCCAAGGCCCUCAUCCACCGAGACCUCAAGCCCCCCAAUCUGCUGCUGGUGGCCGGCGGCACGGUGCUGAAGAUCUGUGACUUCGGGACGGCCUGCGACAUCCAGACCCACAUGACCAACAACAAGGGCAGCGCCGCCUGGAUGGCCCCCGAGGUGUUCGAAGGCAGUAACUACAGUGAGAAGUGUGACGUGUUCAGUUGGGGCAUUAUCCUGUGGGAGGUCAUCACGCGCAGGAAGCCCUUCGACGAGAUCGGAGGACCGGCCUUCAGGAUCAUGUGGGCCGUCCACAACGGCACGCGGCCCCCUCUCAUCAAGAACCUGCCCAAGCCCAUCGAGAGCCUGAUGACGCGCUGCUGGUCCAAGGACCCCACCCAGAGGCCCUCCAUGGAGGAGAUCGUCAAGAUCAUGACCCACCUCAUGAGGUUCUUCCCCGGGUCAGAGGAGGCGCUGCAGUACCCUUACCAGUACUCAGACGACGGGCAGAGCAACUCCGCCACCAGCACAGGCUCCUGCAUGGACCUCACCUGCACCAGCAGCCGCAGCAACGCCAACCUGGAGCAGGGCGACUCCCAGGGCAGCAACGACACCAUCAAGAUCACCCCCCAGUUCCCCCCCCACUUCAAACCCAAGGGCGACCCGCUGCGCUCGCUCCCCCUGUCCAGAGGGGGCAGCGUGGAGAGCCUGUCGGCCCGCCCCCAGGGCCUCCUCUCCUCGGAGGGCAAGAGGAUGAGCACAGACCUGUCGGAGCUGGAGCCCAAGCUGCCCUUCACGCCCGCAGCACGCCCGCCCUUUAAGCGAGGUCACCGUAAGACCGCGUCCUACGGCACCAUUCUGGACGUUCCCAAGAUCGUCGUCACAGCCUCCUGUGACGCCCAGCGGCGGCGCUCCAUCCAGGACCUCCCCGGGAUCAUGUCUGACACCAGCCAGGGCAGCAGGAACAGCAGUAGGUCGUCCAGCCCCAGCGUGAGGAUGAUGCCGUCUGACCGGCCGGGCAGCAGGGGAUACUACUCCCCCGACGACCCAGACUCCAACGGUUCGGACAACUCCAUCCCCAUGGCAUACCUCACCCUGGACUACCAGCUGCAGCCCCUGGCCCCCUGUCCUAACUCCAAGGAGUCCAUGGCGGUGUUCGAGCAGCACUGUAAGAUGGCCCAGGAGUACCUGAAGGUGCAGACGGAGAUCGCUCUGCUCAUCCAGAGGAAGAAGGAGCUGAUCGCGGAGCUGGACCAGGACGAGAAGGACCAGCAGACCACGUCGAGGCUGGUCCAGGAGCACAAGAAGCUGCUGGAGGAGAACCAGAGCCUGGCCACCUACUACCACAAGUGCAAGAAGCAGCUGGACCUCAUCCGCGUGCAACAGCAGAAGAGACAGGGCACCUCCUGAUCCCGCCCCCAUGACCAGGCCCCGCCCCCAGUGACCACGCCCACCCCACCCCCCCCCCC